AUGUGUCCUGUCGAAACCCCUCUCCCCUUUCUGGGUAACGAAGACACCCCUUUCUUCCAAUCCGCACGCUAUGCUUGGUCAAGUACUAACUCGGGGUUAGAGCAGUCUACUGAGCUGAGCCAAGACCAUUCUCUUCAUCAAAGCUCAGAUAUACCCAUCGUCGAGGAAUUGAUCCCCAAGGGAGAUUUGCUUCUGGCAGUCGGCCCCAGCAGAAGAUACUUCAUGAUAACGUCGAGCUUUCUUUGCGAGAUUUCCCCUAUAUUUUCUGUAAUGUUCGGACCCAGCUUCGAGGAAGGAAAUCGCCUGAGAAGCAUGCAGAACGAAGAUUCCGAAAUGGUCCUCGAGCUGCCAGAUGACGAUGCCCAAGCCUUUUACAACACCAUUCGGGCGCUGUACGGAGCCGAUCCUUCGGCAAAGAACUACGAGACGGUCGAGAUUCAAAAGGUCGCCAUUGUUGCUGACAAGUAUGAUAUGGCUUCACGCUUCACCUUUGCAACUUCGUAUUGGUUUACAAAGCAUGCCUGGACAGACGAUCCAGAAGAGACCUGGCAGCUCACAACUGCAGCAUUCUGGUUCAAGAACUCGGAUGCUUUCUUUAACUUUAGCAAGAAACUUGUCAAACAAGACCAGGAGUCCCACUUGGGCUACAUUGUAGGCAUGCCGGACAAAGUGCUUGGCCUGAGACUUUGCUUGGCAAUUGAGGAACAGCGUGUUCAGAGACUUCUGCGCGGUAACAAGCCAAAGGGUCUUUGUCUUUAUUGCUUUAGUCGAACAAAGGUUGGGUUUACUCAAGUUACCCCUCAACAACGUGUAGCCACACAUCGAAACAGGAUCUCAUCACCUCAUCCACGCUCAUCCACAGCGACACCAGUCUCACAACUUGGUGAAGCGAAGCCAAAGAACUUUUCAUUUCUGCUCCGACCAGAGAUUUACCACCCUCUAACUCCCCUCAAUAUCCCAGUCGCUUUCCGUAACCCACAGAAGCAGCCUAACCCUGAAGCCCCCAUCGAAGAGCUCCUUGCCAAUGGUCACUUCAGAGCAGCUGCUAUUGCUGCAGUUCAGGAGCUCACAGGCUCUGGAGCCAACGGGAGUAUCGAUCCUACGGACUACAAGAGGAUAUUUGACCUUCUUUACACUCGGCUGGCAUGUCUGACUCUGAUUGAUGCAACUCCCCUGGCUGCCCAGGAGGUAAAAGCCUUGGAAGAUCUGAACGAUAUCAGAAAGUAUGUAGAUGAUACAACCGGAGAGCAUCUAGCACCUUGGGAACUCCGAGUUCUUAAUGUACGCCUUCAAUCUCUCGGUUUUGGCGAUUAUCGACGAGCUGUCAUGAGCUACCACGACCUUGCCCGCGAGGCUCGUGACCACAUCAACAAAGCAUCCACUCAGCACGACAAUUCGGCAAGAGAACUUUGGAAAGCGCGCCUCCACGACCUUGGUAUUCAAGUUGCAGGGGCUCUCAUUGAGCUCGAAGAUCUGACGGGCGCCGCGCAUCAUUUGAACACUCUUCGGGACGUGGGCGACGGAAAGAUGGCACUUACAAAGGCACUGAUGUGGCUGCAUCUUGGCGAUUCAGACAGCGCCAGACUUUGUGCACGCCAAGCUGUCGCUAAUGAUGAGAAUGCAGAAAAGCUCAUCAUUGCGCUGUCUGAAAUGGCGGAUGCUGAGUAUAAGAGCGCGCUUGAGGUAUGGAAGGAGUUAAAGGAGAGCAUGGACGAUGAGAUGGUCGGCGUCAACAUGGCAGUGUGCUUGUUAUAUCUUGGAAGAAUACAAGAGGGACGAGCAAUCUUGGAAGAACUCGUCGAAUCGGGACGGUCAUCGCAUACGCUGUUGUUCAACUUGUCGACUAUGUACGAAUUGUGUACCGAGAGACAUAAGAACAUGAAGAUCAGGCUGACAGAGAGAGUGGCCGGCUUAGAAGCGUCGUCUGCAGGAUGGGAAAAGACAAAUAAUGAUUUUAAACUGUAG